UAGAGGCUAUAGAGCAUUAAAGUACACCAAGACAGCAAGAUGCAACCCGUUGCGAUGAAUCAACCAGUGCAGAUGCAGAUGCCUACCCCGGCGCCCUCCCGGCGCAGUAGGUACUCCUGUGCAGUCAAGUCGCUCGGAAUUAUGCAGAUCAUCAUUGCAGGAAUCUCGGCCGGGUUGGGCAUCGCCACAGGCGUUGUCUGGCCCACUAUUGCCGUUAUAGCAUCCGGCGUGUGGGGAGGUCUUUUGUUUUACCUUCCUGCUGGAAUCCUUGGUGUGUUGUCCGUUACCAUGGCUGUUAAUUCGCGGAGAUGCUUGGCCAUCGCAAGCCUGGUCAUGUCCAUCCUUUCUGCAGUAGUGGCUUUCAGCAAUAUUGCAGUGUAUGGUGUGGCCAUUGCAACCGACCUAGCUAUCGCCUAUUCUCACUAUCAUUACAGCCCCUAUUUUUAUGGAAAUCCGUCUGUGCCGCUGACGUUGGAUUCCCUCUUGGUGUUUACUUCCGUGCUUGAUCUCAUCGUGUCAAUCACUGCCGCUGCGUACUGCUGCUUCGUCAUGAGUGAAUAUCAACUGAACAACACCACCACGGUCCAGUACGUCUCCACUCAAGCCACCCCACAGGUGAUGGUGUACAACCAGCCAGCCGCCGUACCCUACACAACAGGCGCCCCAGGCACGUUCGUGACUAACCAGGCCCCAGUUCAACAGCAGGCCUUCGGGGCCAGCGCUGCUGGUGCACAAGAUAUGGAAAAGGAUACCAUGAACUUUACUUGAGUCUGCAUUCAGAAAACAGCCGUCGUGCAUAGCUUGAGCGACUUCGGGCAAAAUUAGUUUGUUUUCGUCAUUAAAAAAAA